AUCCAGCACUAUUUUAACUUCCAAGGGUCUCGCCUUGUUCUCAGUAUUUACGAUUGGAGACUCCUCCGCGAUUCAUCAAGAUGAUCUCCCUCCGCUCCCUCCUUGGUCCCCCGACCGCCGCCCUCCGCCAGUUCCUUCCCCGACACAACAGCAACUUCCGAGUCCUUGCCCGGCCAUUUUCACAAUUAUCACAACUCACAAGUAACAAUUGGUUUUUUUUUGGGUGGUCAAGGUCUAUUGUGCCAGGUGCUGGUGUUUCUGCCGUGAGGCAGGUGGAGCAAGUGAGAGGGAUGAAGACAAGGUCGUCGGUUAAGCGGCUUUGUGAAGGGUGCAAGCCCGUUCGGAGAAAGAACCGGGUUUAUAUCAUUUGCUCGAAGAACCCGAAACAUAAGCAGCGUCAAGGGAAAUAGAAUGCAAGUUUUGUGUUUUUGAGAGGAGAGGACAGGACGAUAUCCAUUCAAUUAUGAGAUGGGCGCUUCACCUCUGAGUCGGGAGAAACAGACCUCAUGGGUGUACUGCUUUAACAACUUCGAGAGUAUCAUCUUCUUGGGCUUCCAGCCUCAGGGGUUGGACUAUUCUCGACGCUUGUCUGGACAUUUUUCACGGUUCAAUGGGACAUGACCAACUGGUUGGUUGCGGCGCAUAUGUUCUGUGUUGUAUUAUUUGCGUGUAAAUUAGAUUUUGGGCAAUAUCAUUUUCCCCUAUAUUUAGGCUUUUCUUA